ACGCUCGCCUCGCUCCCGGGAGUCUCGCGGUGACAGCUUAGAUCAUCGAUAGCAAAGAAAGGAUUUGCAAAUGGAGGUGGCAGAAAUGGUUACACUUUGAACGACAAAAGGUAUCUGUAACCAUGUCUGAGUCUCUGUACGAGAAGUUUUUGGCCCCAGAGGAGCCGUUCCCUCUCCUCUCCCAAAGAGCCAACCUCAGUGAUGUGGGAACCCUGGACGUCAGUGACUUUGGCUGUCAGCUCUCUUCUUGUCACAGAACAGAUCCUCUACAUCGCUUCCACAGUAACAGAUGGAACCUUACUUCCUGUGGGACCAGUGUUGCCAGCUCAGAGUGCAGUGAGGAGCUCUUCUCCUCUGUGUCUGUGGGGGAUCAGGACGACUGUUACUCCCUUCUGGAUGACCAAGAACUAACAUCGCUGGACUUGUUUCCAGAGGGCAGUGUUUGCAGCGACGUCUCCUCCUCUAUCAGCACCUACUGGGACUGGUCUGACAGCGAGUUUGAGUGGCAGUUGCCAGGAAGUGACAUCGCCAGCGGCAGUGAUGUCCUCUCGGACAUCAUCCCAAGCGUGCCAAGUUCACCCUGUUUGUUUUCCAAGAGGAAGCCGAAGCCCCACCCUCAUCGUAACCUGGAUGAACUACCUUGGAGUGCCAUGACCAACGAUGAACAAGUGGAGUACAUCGAGUACCUGAGUCGAAAAGUCAGCACAGAGAUGGGCCUGAGGGAGCAGCUGGACAUCAUCAAGAUCAUCGACCCGUGUGCUCAAAUCUCUCCCACCGACAGCGAGUUCAUCAUCGAGCUCAACUGUCUCACUGAUGAGAAACUCAAGCAGGUGCGUAACUACAUCAGAGAGCACAGCCCCAGGCAGCGGGCCAGUAGCACCAGAGAAGGCUGGAAGAGGAGCAGUCACAGCAGUGCCAGCACCGGUGGUGUCAGUGGAGCUAGCAGCAGUAACGCCAGCAUGGUCAGCUCCGCUAGCUCCUCCACUGGUUCCACAGCCUCCAACUCUGUAGCAGGUGGUACAGCCUCAGCCUGUAGUGGAAGCAGUGUUGCCAACAUCAGCAGAGCUCACAGCGAUGGCAACCUCUCCAGUGCUGCAGAACGUAUACGAGACUCGAAAAAACGUUCAAAGCAGCGUAAGCUCCAGCAGAAAGCCCUCCGAAAGCGGCAGCUGAAAGAGCAGCGACAGGCCCGCAAGGAGCGUCUGAGCGGACUGUUUCUGAACGAGGAGGUGCUGUCGCUACGGGUGACGGAGGAGGACGAUCACGGUGACGACCUGGACAUACUGAUGUGACACCAGUGAAUCAAUCAGUGCUCCCUCUACGCCUGCUCUCUCACGACCCAGCCACUGCCAUAGAGCUUAGAGACCGCGCUAAUCCAGAUCACCGCACGCACUAGCUUUGAUCAGGCUAACAUGCUACUAAUGCAUUUUGUAAGAGUAAUGUAGACAGUAUUAGCUCCUUGUAGCCUCCAGCAUAGCUUGACAUAUAUCGCUUAUACUAGUGUUACAUGCUAGUGCUAAAAAUGGUGGCUGCUGCAGUCACUACUAAGCUAGCUACAGUAAUGAUGCUUAUAGCCAGUGCUAAUGCUGCAACAGCCUAGCAGCUCGCAGAUACACAUAAAUAUACACUACUAAUGACAGUUAUUUCAGCUUAAUGUAGUUAACUAGAGGAUUGCUUAUAGAUGCUGAAAAAGCUCAUAUCCACUACUACUAAUACAGCCACUGCUGGCAGAAGGACAGAUCAGGCAAGAGAAGCAGAGUUUGGCCACAUUAUGCAGCUGCUGCUCUAACCAGGUGACGGCAGUUCAUUUGUUUUCAUAACACUACAGGAGAAACUAUGUGCAAUUUGCUGUGUUUUAGCUAACGUGAUGGUAGUUUUCACCCAUAUUCUGCAGAGCUGCAUCUGCACUGGCCAAGCUCUGUUCAUCUGUACCUCUAGUUUAAUCUGCUGCAGGUUCAGUCACGGCAGCAUAGACAUGAAUAAAUACCUCAAGGAAUACAAGUGGUGUGACAUGAGUGUAAAAUAGCGGCAGCAUCAGUUUUAACAUGACAGGAGAUUCACUGUAAAUUUGAAGUGCCCUAGCUGGGACACAUCUGAUGAGCAGUUUCUCUGAAUGGUGAACGGUGAAGCCUCAUUGAGAGCUGAAGACUAAAUUUCAGGGGAAAAUAAUGGAUGUUCCUGAAACACAUUGUCCAAAACCAACAAGAACAUCAGAGGUGAAGAGGUUCCUGAAAUGGAAGUGAGCUGGUCUGUCUUUCUCUUUGCUGAGUGUUGUGGUUCCAUUUCACUCUUAAGGCUUAGAGGGAGCACUGAAACAUUGCAUGUUUAAAUUGUCACCCUUACUGAGUCCAUGUGUGGUCCAGUAACUAACAGCUCGCAUCAUUAUUUGCAUAUACCUGUUAAAAAUAGCUUAGCUGUACUGUAAAUAAGUGAUAAAUAACAGCAUAUUUACUGCUUGCUUUCAGGUUUUCCUUGUUGAUAAAGGUUUGAUUUAAAGGUUUUUGUUUUCCCCUGUGUGUGUGUAUAUAUAUGAUGACAAAGUAAUAAACUAAUUGGUUGUCAUAGCAUAAAAACUGUAAAUUGCCACAGGUUCUUUGCAAAAAUGUGAGUCUUAUUUUGAUGCAUUUAGUUGUGUUUUGCCACAUGUACUUGAGUUUGGUCUUUGUCUUUGUCUCAGAUGUCUUUUGAACUCUGACUCAGUCAAGUCUUUGUUGUUUCUGUUUUGUUUUUUUGUUUUUUUUCUACAAGCACUCCUGCUGUGUUUGGCUGUGCACAGCUUCCUGCUGUGAUGGAUUCCCCAUCACUUAUAUGUACAUGUUUGAAUGAUCUGACCUCCAUCACAAGUUUCAAGCAUCGGAGCGUUGGUAAAGUCUUAAAACAACUUUUUACAGAUUGCAGUGUGCGUCCAUGUACUGUAUGACGGAUUUGGUUUCGGUUCUCUACUUGAGCUGGUUUCAAAUUGUGGACAAAGCACUAACACCUCAAAAACAGCUUGAGAGGGGAGUUUUCGAGGCGUUGUAGCUAUCAUGCCAUUUUCAGAUUUGCUGAAAGUAGUAAACUGAAAUAUGUUUUGUUUUUGUUUUUUGUAUUUUUUGUCUACCUUGCAGGAAACCAUGUAGGAAACACGUUUCCCACAGCUUCUUAGUUGUAACAUGCUGAACCACUGCAGUUAUUUGCCUAACAGCCUGUUGUCUAAUACUUUAUAGACUACACUGAGCUUUGGCUCUUGUCUCUGUCUAGUGUAUAAAGUCAUUAAUUACAGAACUUAUGUUCAAAACAGCUCAAUGUAUUAUGUAGUAAUGAAUUAGUAAAACUCUAUUUUGAAAACUAAGAUAAUUUUGAAAGAAAAAAUUUCAAAACAAGCCACAGUGUGAUGCAACAAAGUUAUCUGCAUAUAAGGUACCAUGUAAUUGCUGAAAAUGAGUGGUACUGAACUGAUUAAACAUGGUUUAAAAAAAAAAAAAAGUUUCAUUGUAAACCAAAUUCUUGUUGGAGAAAA